AUUUUUAAUUAUACUUUUACAUGUUUGUGUUAAAAAACUAUACAAAUACAUAAGAAUUAUAAACUAAGCAAAUAAAUUAUAAGCAGUGAUUUAAAAGAAAAGAUUUCAUAACGUAAUCCUAUUAUGAAAUAGAUGAGAUACCCAUUGUCGCUGUUCCGCAGAUCUACAAAAUGGAUAAAAGUUUAUUAAAUAUUGUGUUACUUGGACUAGCAUUUAUGCUUGUUUUUGCAGCCUUUCAGACUAUGACCAAUAUCCAGAAGACAAUAACUGAUAGCAUAAUUAAAGAUAAACCAUCUUACAAGGGCGAUGCUUACUACAGUCAAGCUAUUAUUUAUGUGUUUUUCUCCUUGUUUAACUGGUCAGCUCCAUCAGUUAUUAAUAUGAUUGGUCCCAAGCUUUCCAUGUUCAUAGGUGGUAUAGUAUACGUCCUCUUUAUGCUGCAGUUUUUGCUUCCAACCGAUUGGGGAUUGUAUUUGUGCAGUGCUGUCUUGGGAAUUGGCGCAGCGAUGAUAUGGACUGGACAAGGAAAUUACCUAACUUUAAAUUCCACAAGAAAACUGAUCACUCGAAACUCUGGAAUAUUUUGGGCAUUGCUUCAACUAAGUAUGUUGGGAGGUAAUACUUUUGUAUUCUUUGCCUUUCGAGGUAAGGAUCAAAUAGAUAAAACUACACGAAUUUUUGUAAUUAUUACCUUAUCAGCUAUUGCUGUCGGUGGACUAGUGAUGCUGUUUUUACUUCCCAAAGCGUACAAAGAUGAUGAGGAUGAUGUUGAAGAAAUCCAUCACUCUGGACCUAUUGAUGCAUUUAUUGGAGCCGUAAAAUUAUUUAUAACCAUGAAGAUGUUCUUUCUAAACUUUACUUUUUUCUACACUGGACUAGAACUGGGAUUUUUUAGUGGUAUUUAUAGUUCCUGUAUUGGAUUUACCACACAGUUUAAAAAUAGGAAAGCACUUGUAGGUGUAUCUGGUAUUUUAAUGGGAGUGGGAGAAGUUAUUGGGGGAGCAGUAUUUGGGAUCUUUGGACACAAAACUGUUUUUUGGGGAAGGGGACCCGUUGUAGGAACUGGUUUAGUUUUACAUGCACUAGCUUUCAUUUUAAUUUUUCUAAAUUUAACUAACGAUUCUCCGUUUGAGGAUACAUAUAAAAGUGCAAUAAUAACAAGUAGUAGCGGCUUGGCAGUAUUUUGUUCAUUUCUUUUGGGUCUCGGAGAUGCAAUUUUUAAUACCCAAAUAUUUUCUAUCCUUGGGUCAGUAUAUGCCGAUAAUAGUGCACCUGCUUUUGCAAUUUUUAAAUUUAGCCAGUCGGUGGGAGCGGCCGUUACGUUUGCCACAGCAAAAUUAUUAGGCCUACAUAUCCAACUAUUAAUACUUCUUAUAAUGGCUAUUGUUGGUACAGUUUUAUUCAUUUUAGUUGAUAGAUCAUCAUCCUCCAAAGACGCCUAAAUAUUCUAAGAUUUUUUUUAUUUAAUUUUGCUUAUAAUGAUUGUAUGUAUUGGUUGGAAAUUAAUUUUUUUUACUAAAUAAAAGUAGUAUAUUAAACACUGA